AUAUAUUUGGACAAAUAGGCUCAGACUCGUCAGUAACGUUCAAACACGAGUGCAGCUAUCCUCAACAUGAAUAAAGGUCUAACCCUCGUAAUUUUGUGACUCCUGGCCAUGGUCCAAGCCCUGAAGGCUCAAAGUUGCAAUGGCCAGUACAACGAAUGUUCCACUGACGAAUCCAAUCAAGCAUUUACCAAGAAGUAUCGUGGACUACCAUUAAUGCCCGAAGCGGAAGCUGCCUCCAUGAUUGAGCGUAAGGGAAAGAAGAUCACACUGAAGAAACACAUCACGGCGCAAAUCAUUCCUUGGGGAGACGAGGGCAUUGGCGGCAUUGGCACCUGGACUAUCACCCGAAAUGACAAGGAGGUCGAUGAGGGAUACAGGAUAUGCAGUUGCGAUGGUACCCAAGAGAAGUCCCUUAGCACGGGAUCAGUGCCCAACGGAGAAGUGAAGCCCAUCACAACUUUCUUUUACCAAUUCAAGAAUGACCAGAUCCGAAACUUGAACAACAAGGCUCUUACAUUCGACGUUUUGUUCACGGACGACUGCUCAACUGGUCGAUGUCGGCAAAGUGGAAGAAUGCGGUGUACCUCAGGAAAAAAUGACCCUUGCUUUAGGGUCUGAAUGAUAUUAUUUGAAUUGAUUAAUAAAUCACAUCUAUUCACUCAA